CUCCAUUUCUAAACCUAGCUUUGGCUGUGUGCCCGUUAAAACUAAUAUUUACAGUAUUGAAUUUUCACAAUAGCAUGAAUGCUGUGCAGUUAAUUCCAUUCAAAUACUAAAUCCAUAAAAAGAGUGAAUUGACCACUUUCAUUUAGAAAGUCAGUAUCGGAAAAAACCACAGCCAAAGCUAUGACGUCAUGCUCAUACAACGUAUAUACAACGAUAAUUUUAAGUUGGCCGUGAAACAUCGAUUAGGCAGCAAUAAUAUAGAAGGCGAACAAGCCCCCAAAACGCAAGAAGAAAUCGACUUGGAAGAGGGAGAAAUCGACGACGAUGAUGAAGAAACUCCAGAAGUACGUGCUGAGGAUGCUGUCAAGGCGGAACCAGUUGAGGCUCCAAAGGUGGAGCCUUCCCCAACAGUGGUUACAGAGAAACCAACCUCAGAUAAAGAGGUGAACCCCGAAAAGGAAUUCAGGCCCGAAAAAACAAAAGAUAGGCGGAGGCAUGGAGAGAAAGGUAAAAAUAAAAAGCACAUGACUGAAGCUGAAAGGAGCAUCUUACACCUUAGGAAGCGAGAAGAGAUGCAAAGAAGAAAAUGGGAGAAGUUUAGUAGGAACAAAGACUUGAUGGAUGGACUGGAUGAUGAUUUUGCAAAAAAUAUAGAAAAGACAUUAGCGACAAUAUUGAGUAAAAAAGAAAAGGAAGCAGCAGCUUUAGGGAGCGGCGGCGAAGAGAAAGUUAAGGAAGAAACAGAAGUAGACAGCAAGAGAGGGAAAAAACGGAAAAAAGGUGACAAAGAACGAAAGCGGAAACACCAUCGAACAGAGUCGCCGCCACCUUCCGACCCUGACGAAGGAAGCCUGAGCAAUCAUGGGAUUAUGAUGGGAAUAGGUGGAGACGGUACUCCAGACCAUCACCAUGAAGGCAGUCCUUCCGUACACUCAGAGGACAGUAGAGAGUCGGCUGAACCUUCAGAAAGGAGGAGCAAGAAACGGGAAAGACGGAACAAAGAACACAGGAAGGCCUCUAGGAUCAAAGAGCAGCAACAAGACAAGUCAAAUGAGAAAGUGUGCGUGUUUUACCUACAGGGAAAGUGUUUGAAGAAUGACUGUCCAUAUUCUCAUGAGGCAGUUCCUCCAAUGAAACUAGAAUUGUGUAAAUUUUACUUAAUGGACUGUUGUGCAAAAGGCGACAAAUGUUCGUAUAUGCACUCAGAGUUCCCGUGCAAGUUCUAUCACACAGGUUUGAAUUGUACACAAGAUGAUAACUGCAAAUUUGCCCAUGGAAAACCUCUAUCAGAUGGUUUGAAGCAGAUCCUUUUCAAGCAUAUCGAAACUGCGCCCAGGGACAUUCUAGGCGGCUUCCCCAGACUGAAUCGUGAUGAAGUCCUGAACAUGAUCAAUGUGACACAAGCCAAGCUGCAGCAAGAACAUGGGAUGCCAGUUACCGAACCCAGCAUGCUGUCAGAAGCAAAAGGUGGGAUACCUUCAUUAUUUGAUAUUACCGUACCUUGUCCCCCUGAGUUAAUCGGAUACGACGGUAAGAUGGACAAACAAGGGAGGAAUAGGCCAUCCAGGUGGCAAGAUACUGAGAACGGACCUGGCAAAAUGCUUGGAUUCCCUAUGAAGACUUUUGUGUAUGGACAAGAUCAAGACAUGAGGAUAAACAGCAUUGGCGACGUGGACAUGCGCACAUUACCACCGCCUCCAAUCACCUCUAUUCCACCACCAAUGACUUCAAUUCCACCUCCCACUACCGUAUCAGCGCCUACCAUGACAAGUCCCGCAAUCUCACUGGGUCUCAGUGGUGAUGUGGACAUUCGACCAACGCCUAGUAUGUUGAAUCCCCAAUACACCCAGGAUGUGGACAUUAGGCAUACGUUGUUGGGACCGCCUCCUCGUGGAGAUGUUGAUAUCAGGCAUUUAGGAGUUAUGCAGCCAGUGGUAGAGGAAGCUGAGGAUGAGCCCAUGCUGCAAAUUGAUACAGGCGAGGAUAAGGACAGCAGGAUGCAGACCAAUCAAAGGGAUAAUACUGCACAAAAUGACAACAAAGGAUUCGAACUAGACGAGAAUAUUAACUGGUACUCGGAUGAUGACGAUGAAGAUGACAAUAGGCUCACCAUAAAAGUUGAUAAUGAAGAUCUUAAAGAGAGGGAGGAGCAAAUGGAAAGCUUAGGAUCUACAAUGCUUUCGCCACCCCAAAUCCAGCCUAUCCACGAAGUCGUCGAAAAAUUGGGCGAUCUUUCCAAGAUCGAUAUUUCUGCAGAAGUGACCAAAUUACUAACUUCUAUGAGCCAAAACAAAGGGCAGUUUUCGAACCUUUUUCCACAAAAAGCGCCUGGGGAAUCAAGUCCUGGUAGCAAUAGCACCAAGGCAUCAGGUGAUCCAAGAAGCGAAACGAAAAACCCUGUUUCAAGGAGCGAUCCUAGGCAAGAUCCAAGAUUGGCAGGCGCCGAUCCUAGGCAAAGGUCGAGACAAGGCUCUACGGAAGUGGCUUCUAGGUCUGAAAAGGUCAGCAUUUAUGAACAAGGAUCCAUUGAAAGAAGUGAUAUGGGUGACGAUGUGGAUAUCGACUUUAGAACUAUGCGUAGCGAUGUGGACCUACGCAACUUACACCUACCCUUCAAAGGCAUGGCCAAUUACACGCCCGCAUCCGAGAUAGAUGCCAGCAUAAACUCGCAUCCGCCGAUGCAGUGGAAAGUGACCGUUUGUGACGUGCCUAGGCCUGAUUACACCGGUCUCAAACUGAACGUCAGCGAUGCCGAAAAAACAGGAGACCCCCGCUUGAGAAAGAUCUUCCGAUUGAGCAUCGAGGAGCGGGAUACGCCACUUAGCCCGAAGGCGAGUCCUAAAGCUGGCAGCGCUUCCACUAGGGUGGAUCCUCGGUUGAGGAAAACUGAGGAGACCAAAAUUUCCACAUCAAUGGAUACAGGAACAGGUACAAUGAACUUCAACCAGCAGUUGACGAUUCUCCAAAAUUCAGCCUUCUACCAAAGCCUAACGAGCAACCAAAAGCUGUUAUUGAACCAAGAACUGAAUCAGCGGAACGACUCUAGCAAUUCCCAUGAUCCUGUCCUGAAUACGCUUCUGUCAAAUCUGAACAUCAUUCCAGGAUCGAACAUGCAGUCCAAUCCUAACUUAGGGGCUGCACUCAGCAUAUUGGCAAACGUUGCCAAAUUGAAUCCCAUGCAAGCGGUGCCUAACAUGCUGAACCAGAUGUCUCAAGCUAUGGGACAGCCAGGUUUGUUGGGUGCUGCUCCAGGAAUACCAAACAUACCACCUGACUUUCCCAUGGGAUUUGAUCCUAGAAAUGGAGGAUUGAUGGGCAAUGUUCCACCAAUGCCUUUUGGUGGAGGUGGCUUCAACAAUCAAGAUACAGGACCAGGCCCAGGAGGCAACUUCAACAACUUCAACGAUGACUUCUACGAAGGCGGGGGCCCAGGCCCUGGUGGUAAUUUUCGUGAAAACAGGGGCGGUUUCAACAGGGAUAGACGACGAGGCAGGCAUUUCAGGGGCCGAGAUAGGGGUGGUUUCAGGAAUAACAGGAAUAAUCGACCCAAUAGGACACAUUCGCCUCCCUAAAACACUUCUUUUUAUAUUUCAUUGUACAGUCACGAUCGUUUUAGGAGUAUAUGUAUAUACAAGGCCGUGAUGAACAGGAGACAAUCCCAUCAUACAAUAUGUUCAGUUCUGUGAUGAAACCAGUUGACACUAUUUGUUUACUAUAUGAAUGUACAUAACACACUGUAGAAGAUUAAUUCAAGUAUAUGGUACUUCACAGUUUCUUUUUCAUACUUAUGUGUUGAAAAAUAUUUACUGAUUACACAGACCCACAAAAUAAAAAAUGUGGGGCCUGUCUAUGUAUUUCCCUUGUACUUGAGAAAACGCAUAAAAACGAUCCACAGGUCUCCAAAAAAAUCUGAAGUCAAAAUUGGGGGAAGGCAGACAAAUAUGAAAGUAAUUUAGACAGAACUGAAAUUUUUAGCAUUUUUUGUGAGCGUGCAUCUCCCAAGACCUCUGAAAAGAUGCACAUCCGCCAAAAAUGACAAAAUGUGUAAUUAGUUCCUUAUUUGCCCACCGACGGCCAAGUUUGACUUCAGAUUCAUGUUCACCUUGAAAAAGUUCACUUUUCAUUCUCUGGGCCUGUGUUCUUGUGGGUCUUACAAAACCUUCCUUUGUAUAAUAAUCAUAAAUUUUCUUAGUUCCAAGUUUUCAGAAUGAGCACGCCAGUAAAAUAGUAGUGUUAGAACUGUUUCGUCAUGGAACUACAAGUAUGCUAUAUUAUGUAACAUGUAUAUAGAUAUUUCAGUUCGUGCCAAUGCCUAAACAUUAUAUUUGAAUAGUUUUGAUACAGGGUGUUUUGUAUUCGUUCCGAUUCUUGAAAUAUGAAAUAAAGAUUGCUUGGUUGAUACGUGUUGAAAUUUUGUACACAGUGCAGCCAAAAUGAAAACUUGUUACAUAUUGCACUAUUUGUAUUUUCUGGGCAAGACAAAGGCGAGUUUGAAUGGUACGUCAGACACCAUACUUCAAUUCUUUUUAUGGUUUUAAGUAAACAGAUUGAUUAAUGGUACCAUAUGCGUAGCUUAACUUCCCUAACUGCGUAAGCUGAUCAGUAACGUAGCUGUUACUCAUUCUCACACAUACAUUAAUUUGGUGAUAGAGGACCGUUGUUUUCACUGACUGUCUCAAAAUACUUCCAUAAAUUCAAUACAGACUGUCGGCGUUCUGGAGACAUUACUGUUUUACAUCAAAGAUCAAAAAAGUUGAACACAAAUCGCACGCCCAUUACAAACAAGUUGUAUGUUACAACACGGUGGGCGAUAAAACUCUCCUAGUAAGUUUUGAGAAGACAAAAGAAGUGAUAAUUGAAUUUGUACAUAUUUCUGUGAAAGUUAUCAAAAUGCAAUCUAAAAUGUUCAUUUGAUAGUAACACUGUAAAUUUCAUUAUUUUCUUCAAAAUAGUCACAUGUCACAUCAAGCAAAGUGAAAACCCACUAAAAAAAGUUCCAUUGAUGCUUUGGCUGGAAACUAUAAAAAUGCUGUUUUGACUCUCUCAAAACGAGUAAUGUUACAUUUAUUUGGCUUCCAAUUGUGUGUGCAAAACAAAGCCAACGCUUUCAUUAAUCCAAUCAAAAAGCGUUCAGACCAUAUAUUCACGUUAUAGAGCUUAUCAAGACUGAUAAAAGUUCGAGAGCUGAGCGGUAUCAUGACAUCGUGAUUGUAAUAUCAAUAAGAUACGUAUGUAUUAUAAUUUAUUGAUAUCAAGAUACCCUAUGUAAAUGUUUGACAAUUUAAUGAUAACGAAUCGUGUAGCCAGUUAAUCCUUUGAAGCGGGUCAUUAAUAAGGAAGUUUUCGGCUAAUAACCAUAGAAGUUGACGCCGUCAAAAAAAAAAGGAAUUUAUGGAAGAAGGAUUGUACGUAUUUUACACAUGUAAUGAGGAUACGUUAAAUGGAAGAUGAAUAGUUUGAUUUUUGUGAUAUAGUAAUGUCGAUAGAGAUAAUUAGGCAGGCUCCAGCUUUUAGUUGAUAUGUUACGUAGAGACGAAGAGAUAUUCUGAUCGCAUAAAAAAUUUCUAAAAUGAGUACGCAAAUCCUUGGCUCACUUUGUAAAGUACUGUUUGGUUUGGAUCAAAUUUUUACACUAGGAUGGUACUAUGUAGUUUUUGUAAAUCGAAUCUAGUGGCGUUGGAGAAAAAUGCUAAAAACGAAAAAAAAGAGCCCAAAGUUAUUUUUUUGACGUUUCAGACGACCCUGAUCAUUUUUGAAAAACUUGUUAGGGGUAAAAAAUUGAGGGAUGGGAGAGGGUAUACAACAAUUUUUUGAUGUUAGUAUAUCACACUUCCAACUCGGGUAAUUCUAAGCACCUAUUAGACAAAUUUCAAAUAUAGAUUCGCCCAUACAACUGCCUUCAAAAAUUAGAACGUUAGAGAAAUGUUUUCUACAUACGUCUUUGCGUCUGCUCUCUGGCUUCGCUGACCGGCAUGCCGGUCUUCAUGUGUCAUCACAAGACUGGCGCUGUGUCGGGCUGACGCAUCGUGUGAUCAGGUAUUGGGACAUUGGGAGGUGCGACAUUGUCAGGUGGACGGUACUACUGGUAGGACAGGGAAAGACUGUAAGGUGCUGUUUGACGGACUUGAUCCGUAUAAUUUCUCAGAGGGUCUAAGUUGAACAUGCAGUUUUCGUCCAUCCGACUAAAGACAGCUGUUCCAUGCUUUUGGCAACUCAUCAGCGUCGUUAGGCUUGGUCUAUGGGACAACUAACGAAAGCAUAGCAACUAUCCUCCAGCGAGGAUAUAAGGUCUAUGUGAACAUAGUCCUUUAAUGAAGCGCAGAGUUAACCUACUUGACGCCAUUUUUUAUAUCAGAUGACAAGGUAUACAUAUAGCAUACAUGGAGCAUAUCAUAUAGUUUCUUCCAAAGUUGUUCAAACAACCAGUAUAAAAUCCACUUCCCUAUUCGUCUUCCUACUAUUUUAGAUGAUCAUAUAGUGCAUCAUAUUUAUUUGUUAUUACGUACUAUCAUCUCAUCUCUCUGUACAUGAUAAUUUGUUGAAAUAAUCUAUGGAUUUUCAUUCAACGCCUCAAAAUCGACUGAUACCUUGUUACACCCUGUAUAUUGAUUAUGUGCAGUCCCCAUUCCUAGAGCUGUAAUUUUUGAUAUUUGUAAAUAUUGUAAUUAUUAUAGUUGUUGUAUGUGUAUAUGGCGGAACACCUCCCAUCAAUUUGUCAAAUAUUUAUUUUUGUUAUAUGUAUUUCUCUUUUAGUGGAAUCCAACAUAUUUUUUGUUGAUGACAGGCUAUUUAUUAUGUUACGUAUCAAAUAAAGAUAAUUUUUUCAGG